UCUCUAGUCUGUGUCAUCAAUGACUCACCAGUGACAACGAUGGUUUAUCGCAGCUGAACAUGUUGAGAUUCAUCUCAGAAUCAAACGCGCUCGAGGCUCUCCUUGCAGCCAUAGCAGCGCACGCCAAUCAAAAUUCCGGUUGCCUUGGCAGCGGUUGACGUCAUGGCCCCUGCCCAGUCCCUGCUCCAGCAGAGUACGAGUGGGACGGAAACCCCGUGGAUCGCACGGGAACGCUGUGCUGCGCGCCACAGUCAGUCAGUGAGUGGCAGCUGAACUGUACAGCCGGAGACAGACUCUCAUUCACAGAACCAAGCAGCCAUGGACAAGAGCCAACAAGUGCAGAGAGCCAAGCUGGCGGAGCAGGCCGAACGCUACGAUGACAUGGCUGAGUCCAUGAAGCAAGUAACCGAACUUGGAGAGGAACUGACCGACGAGGAGAGAAACCUGCUCUCUGUGGCCUACAAGAAUGUUGUGGGCGCUCGCCGGUCCGCCUGGAGGGUAGUGUCCAGCAUCGAGCAGAAAACUGAGGGCAGUGACAAACAGCAGAUGGCUAAAGAGUACCGUGAGAAGAUUGAGACCGAGCUGAAGGCCAUCUGCAAAGACGUUCUGCAUCUCCUAGACAAGUUUCUGAUCCGCAACACUUCUCCAGCAGAGAGCCAGGUGUUCUACCUGAAGAUGAAGGGAGACUACUACCGCUACCUGGCAGAGGUCGCCACAGGAGACGAGAAAACCAGUGAGUUUCUCUCAAACAACAUUUAUUAUACAAGAUGCACAGUACAAUUUAUUUUCAUUUGAGAAACGGAUCCAAAU